CCCGAUCGAUUAUGAUACGGGUAGUUAAACCCUACCCGUCAAUUCCUAAGGGUUAACAUUUUCCAGGCCAAAAUGGCUCUGAGAUAUGCCCGACUCACACAAAUUUCAAGGUUUCUGCCAUACAUUUACACAGGUAAUCGUUAUCAACAUUCCAGACAUGUAAUCGGCACUUUUGCUUUCUCUUUGAUUCCAUUGCCUCGAGAAUGUGAACAAAUUAGCAAAAAUGGAGUCAGUUUCAGUAUCUCCACAAUGUCAAAAGUAUCACGUAAGAAGUCAACUCGUCAAGUUGAUAUAUUAUCUUUCAUUCAGUCCACUUUCAGUAAGCUUCAAGGCCCACAUCAUUGUUGGUUUAAUAUAGUUGAACGAAACAAAGAAUUCUUCAAGAGAGAUGGAGCUUUUUUGGUUCUUGCUGGACCAUUCCUGGAUAAUUGUAGCUCACAAGUAGCUGGCUCAGUUGAUAGUUUUGAGAAAAUAAAGUUAAUUCAGCAGAGGUUUCCGCUGCUCCAUGUUAUGGGGUUUCUACCUGGCUGUUCGAUUAGCUCUACUGCUGAUCAAACUCGUCUUGUUGAAUUGGUGAUGAAGGAGUACAUUACGUUUCCUGUUUUGUUGUCUAACAAGAAUUUCCCUGAGAUGGAAAAUGGAGCAUGCUACAUCAUAUUUAAAAAUUUUAGAAACGCUAGAGUUUACCAUGAGAAGGGCCUAGAUAUUGAAAUGCUUAAGAAAGCUGUUGAGGAGUUAAAUGUGCUACCAAAUGGAAAUUCUAGUUCACCCACUAAUCUGAAAAGUACAUGGGUGAAACAAGUUGAGGUCCUUAAAGAACCAUAUUUAUGUUCUUCUUUGAGGAACUUACUCCUUCACUUCCCAGGCUGCAUCUCUGCAGAUGAAAGUAGUGAUCGCUUGUUCCUUUCUGACAGUAAUCAUCAUCGGAUUAUCAUAACUGAUGGCAAUGGGAAGAUUCUGGACUGUAUUGGUUCUUGCCCAGGUUUUGAGGAUGGAGAAUUUGAAUUUGCCAAGCUGGCACGUCCUGGAGCUUCUUUUUAUAAUGAGGACGAGGAUUGCCUAUAUAUUGUAGAUUCAGAGAACCAUGCCAUCAGGAGAGCUGACAUGGAGAGGCGGGUUGUGGAGACACUCCAUCCAACAUUUAGUAUCAAUAAGAAAAAUAAUAGUUUAUGGAGCUGGAUCGAGAAUAAGCUGGGUUUUAGGAGGGAUGAAGAUACAAAGUCUGAAGAGUUUGGCUCCCAGUCAUUGAUGUUUCCCUGGCAUUUAAUGAAGUCAGAGGAUGAUAGUAUGUUAAUUAUCAACCGCAGCUUUGAAAGUUUAUGGAUCAUGGAUUUGGCUUCAGGAGAAAUAAAAGAAGUUGUCACAGGUUCAAAAUUGGUUACUAAAAUGCUUUCAUUUAUCCCUUAUAAUAAAUGCCAAUUUAUUAUUUCUAAACAUUGCUUUGUAAAUAUUCUAUCAGGAUUUUCAAAGAUAUUGGAGAUCUGUGGAGAAUUGAUCAUGGAGAAAGUACACUUUGUGAAACAGAUGCCACAUGAUUUAUUGCAACAACAAAUUGAUUCUAGCUGUUCAACGAAAGAGCUUCCCUAUGCUGGUCUUAUAUCGUCCUUAACAGCGAUUCAAAAUCAUAUAAUCAUGUGUGACAUGGUUGGACAGAGGAUGUUGAAGCUGAGUAAAGAAUCUGGAGUCCUUUCAAAUUUCCAGUUUUCAAACUUUGGGAUUCUUGGAUUACCUUAUUGGCUGUCCUUCCCUUUGGAAAGGGUUUACUCUGUUGCUGGUGGACUUCAGGGAGCAUGGACCCAUCAGCUUCAACACUUAGGUUUGUUGCCAGGUAGGGUUGACAUCAAAUUAAAUGUAGACAUCCCCUUGGAUACUGAGCUUGUGGAACCAUUACAAGAAGGAUGUAUAUGGCUCCAGGCCAGAGGAGCUGCUACUGAAGUAUCAAGGGCAGAGGGUAUACUGGAAUCAUCAGAAAAGGUUGGUGUUUCCCAGCAGUGGUAUGAUGAGUUGGAUAACCUUGCCUUCUCUACCGCUGAAUCAGAAUUGACUAUUGAAGAUGAUGAUGCAACUUCGGAUUUGAAAUCUGAUGAUGAAAGAGUUCACAUUGAUUGUGCAGUCAAUACAAGUCCUGGAAUAAGUGAAGUCAUUAUUUGUGCAGCAUUCUACUUAAAACUUAGAAGAGAUCCUGAUCAACAGGACAGUCAGGAAAAAUAUGCAGCAAGGAUAACAGAUAUUUUGAAUCCGGAGAGAAUUGGGGGGAUGAGAAGAGAUUUAUGCAUUCAUCUCUUGUUAAAAUCAAACAGAGAUUUGAGAGAUCUCGUCUUCAUGAAACCUCUACAUGUUAGGAUUAAGUUGGAUUGUAUUGAUCACCCAAAAGCAGUCCAUAACUCGAAAGAAAUUAUCUUAACAGAUUCCAAAAUUGAUUUUACCGUAUCACUUCACACAUAAUUGUUGCUGAUGGACAACGGCAAGUCCUCGGAUGUUUUCUGAAAUCUAUUUUUUGAUAUAAAGUAAUUGAAUUUUUAUUAAAUAUUUUUCCAAUAUCAUUUUAAAUUGGAAAUUAGUGUGAUGAGAGGACUUUAAGAUGUAACAGAAUUCAUGAAAUGUAAAAGUUCUUCGCAGGUAUACAACUCAAUUACGAGA